AUGAGUCACAUGAAAAAAAGUUUGAUGCGAUCUCAAUUGGAUGAUUUUGGCGAACAACAGAAGGAUUUCGCAAAACAAAUUGCUGAUCUUAAGACGGAUCUUAAUAAGACAGUUCAACUCAAGUUUGAUUCUGUGUUCGCAAAAUUAAUCGUGUCGAAAAGAAGGUUGAAAACGCUUCAACCCAAAUUACAAUCAGAUGUUAAAAGUUUACAGAAUAAUAAAUUUGAAAAAGACCUAAACAGAAAAAUACACUUUAAAAUCAAGAAUGACAUUAAUAAUUAA